CAAUGUACAUUUUUAUCGUAGUGACAAAUUUCCGUUUAAUCUGAUUACAUUAAUUAACAUCAAUUUGUUGAAAUUUAAUAGCCGCAUGAUUUGUAUCGAUAAAAUGAAAUUGGCCUUCGUAUGAAGAGAAGUUUCUUCUGUCUCAGGUGCGGUGAUAAAUCUUUUAUUAUAAUAUACAGUAACAAUAAUUACAGGUGUAAGAGAAAAGAAACUUUCGUGAUUGUGAAUAUACACUUAAUAAUUAUAAUAAAUUAUUCAACACCCCCGCGAGCAUUUACUUAUACUACAUAAUUAAGUUGAUUUUUCAUAUUUUAUACCUAUAUUUAUAAAUAAACAAAUUUUAUAAUUGUUUUUUAAAACUGACUCAUUUUUGUGUAUAAUAAAAAAAAAAAAAUUUUAAAGCGCGCGCGAAAUUUUACAAAAAAAAAAUUAUUAUCAUGUUAUGUAACAAUAAAAGUGAUAUAUAAGUAAAACAAUAUUUGUGUAUUAUAUAAAAUAUUUUAAACAAACUGACGCAAAAAGACAAGGAAAAAUAUGAUUCAAAGUAGAGAAAAUUAAUAUUGGAAUCGUCAGUGUGAUAAUCGCGCGAGUACCCUCGAGAUUAAAUGUGAACAGACAGAAAUCCAAUUAAUCCACAUUAAUUACAUUUGGAAUUCAUUAUUCGAAAAAAUGGGGCAUUGAAAAUAAUAAUAAUUUUUGCCAAAAUAAGAGAAAAAUGAAAUUAUUUCCUGUAUAUAAAGAUUUAGUGACUAAUGACAUUGAUACAGAAGAACUGUGGCAAUUUAAGUCGACACGCAAGUACUUAAGUCGGUGUCAGACUCCACGUGUGGUUUAAAGUUCUUCGUUUGCAAUACGAGUAUAAUGGGGCAUGAAAAAUUAUAUAUAUGUGAAGAUACUGUUUCACCGGAUUCGCCGGAUAAUUUUUCCGGUUUUAAACCGGAAGUUUACCCUGAAAAAAGACAAUCAAAAACCAUGGAAAGAGGAUUACAUGAAAGAGAUCGUGUUGGAGUUCAGGAUUUUGUUUUAUUAGAAGACUACGAAAGUGAGGCAGCUUUUAUUGAAAAUCUACGUAGAAGAUUUCGUGAAAAUCUUAUUUACACCUACAUUGGACAAGUACUAGUGUCAGUGAAUCCAUAUAAGAAACUACCAAUUUACGAUCAGGAAACAAUUGAAUAUUAUCAAAGAAGAAAUUUUUUUGAAACUCCUCCACACAUAUUUGCACUUGCAGAUACCGCCUACCAAUCACUCACAAAAGAAAAUCAUGAUCAGUGUAUUUUAAUCUCAGGUGAAUCUGGGUCAGGAAAGACUGAGGCGUCGAAAAAAAUUUUAGAAUUUAUAGCAGCUGCAACUGGACACAAGAAAAAAGUCGAAGCUGUAAAUGUCAAAUUGAUUGGCAGUAAUCCAGUUCUAGAAGCUUUCGGAAAUGCGAAAACUAAUCGCAACGACAAUUCCUCCCGAUUUGGAAAAUAUAUGGAUAUUCAAUUCGACUUUCAUGGUGACCCGGUUGGUGGAAAUAUUCUAAAUUAUCUCUUGGAAAAGUCAAGAGUCGUUCAUCAAUCGACAGGAGAACGGAAUUUCCAUAUAUUUUAUCAACUUUUAUCAGGAGCAAAUGACGACGUUUUACGUAAUUUAUACCUCAAACGUAAUUUGGAUACAUACUACUAUCUAAGUAGCGGGACUAAAGGUGCAAUAGAUACCAUCGACGAUGCUAGUCAAUACAGAGAAGUGAUUGAGGCCAUGAAAGUAAUGGAAAUCUCUCAACAAGAACAAGAUGAUCUUUUUGCAAUUGUCGCUUCUGUUUUACACGUGGGAAAUGUUGGUUUCACUGAAACUGAGGGUGUUGCCACUAUUCUCAAACCAGCCUCAGUCGAAGCUGUCUCCAAGUUAUUAGGAUGUGACGGGAGGGAUUUGGCGAAGGCGUUUACUCAUCGCACAAUAGACGCACACGGCGAUGUUGUAAUUACACCAUUAAACAGAGAAUUGGCCAUUUAUGCUCGCGAUGCAUUGGCAAAGGCAGUUUACGAUAGAUUAUUUACGUGGCUAGUGACCCGACUCAAUAAAUCCCUACAACCUUUAACAAAAAAUCAACGAACAGUAGUUAUGGGAAUUUUGGAUAUCUAUGGUUUCGAAAUAUUCCAAAAAAACAGUUUCGAGCAGUUUUGCAUUAAUUUCUGUAAUGAAAAAUUACAACAACUUUUUAUUCAAUUGACAUUAAAAUCGGAGCAAGAGGAAUAUUUAAGAGAAGGAAUCGAGUGGGAGCAUAUUCAUUAUUUUAAUAAUAAAGUUAUCUGUGAUCUCAUUGAAGAAAAGUACAAAGGAAUUAUAUCUCUAAUGGAUGAGGAAUGUUUACGGCCCGGUGAUCCAACUGACAUGAGUUUUCUCGAAAAAUUAAAUUCCAAUUUAAAUAGUCAUCCGCAUUAUAUCAGCCACAUGAAAGCUGAUAUUCAGACUCAAAAAAUUAUGGGUCGCGACGAAUUUAGAUUAGUUCAUUAUGCUGGAGACGUUACGUACAAUGUACGAGGAUUUUUGGAGAAAAACAAUGAUCUCUUGUUUCGCGAUUUGCGCGAAGUUAUGUCCCAUACGACGAAUUCAAUAAUAAAGACAGUUUUCGAUGUCAAGAAGGAUUUAUGCAGUAAAAAACGACCAGAAACGGCAAUAACACAAUUCAAGAACAGUUUAAAUAAUCUCGUUGAUAUUUUAAUGGGAAAAGAACCGUCUUACGUUCGAUGUAUAAAACCAAAUGAUUUUAAAAUGUCGAAUCAAUUUAAUGACAAAAUUGUUUUACACCAAGUCAAAUAUUUGGGAUUAAUGGAGAAUUUACGAGUUCGAAGGGCUGGUUUUGCGUACAGAAAACCUUACGAACAAUUUUUGCAACGUUACAAAUCACUUUGCUCAGAAACAUGGCCUCAUUAUGAUGGCACUGCGAAGGACGGUGUUCAAACUUUAGUUCGACAUUUGGGUUACGAUUGUGAUGAUUAUCGAAUGGGCAACACAAAACUAUUUAUACGCUUUCCUAAGACUCUCUUUGAAACGGAAGAUGCCUUCCAAAUGAAGAAGCAUGAGAUCAUUGCAAUUAUCCAAAGCAAAUGGAAAGGUUUAUUGCAACGACGAAAAUAUCUCGAGAUGAGAAAGGCUGCGAUAACAAUACAGAAGAAUAUUCGCAGGUGGCAAGCUAAACGCGAAGCAGAAAGAAGAAGAAAGGCUGUGAUAAUUAUUCGAAGAUUCAUUAAUGGAUUCAUCACCAGAAAUGGAUCGCCAAACGGUGACAAUGAGGCAUUCAUUGAACUCGCCAAAUGUCAGUGGCUAAUAAGACUUUCAAAAAAAUUGCCAAAAAAUGUUUUAGACAACAGUUGGAUGCCCUGUCCUCACACUUGUCGAGAGGCAUCGGAACACUUGAGACACAUUCACAAAAGGUGGUUGGCAAGAAAAUACAGAUUGUCCCUAUCGAAAGCAGAUAAAGAACAAUUUGAACUAAAAAUUCUCGCCGAGAAACUCUUCAAGAAUAAAAAGAAAUCCUACGCAAGAAGUUUAGGACCUAAAUUUGAAGUUGAUCGAUUGGGCGAAGAUUUAAGAGCUCUCAAACAAGUUUUUGUCGCCAAUAUUAUUCCAAGUGGUGAGAGUAUAAUGUAUGCGACACCAGUCAUUAAAUAUGAUCGUCACGGUUAUAAGCCGAGGGAAAGGGUUUUAAUUUUAACCGAAAAGGCUGUUUACAUAUUGGACACAAUUAAAACAUUUAAAUUGAAACAUAGACUGCCUUACAAAUCAAUCGAGGAAUUGGUCGUUACUGCAGAGUCUGAUAAUUUGUUGAUUGUCAGGAUACCGGCCGAUUCGAAAAAGGACAAGGGCGAUUUAAUUUUGGAGGUUCCUCACAUAAUAGAAGCUUUAACGAAAGCCAUUGAUAUUACUAGUAAUCCCGAAAUUCUCAAUAUCGUCAAUAAAGAAUCAGUGUCACACAAACUAGUCAGUGGAAAGGAAGGUAUUAUAGAAUUUAAGACAGGUUCGACACCGGCAAUUAGUAAAUGUAGACAAAAUGGUCAUCUGCUUGUAGUAAGUAGUGUCACCUUAGAAAAAUCCGAAGGAGGCUUAUGACGAAAAAUACAAGAAAAAAAAUUGUUAAUUCUAUAAAUAUUACCUAGUACUUAAUGAAAAAAGCGCACAUGCUUAAAAAAUCUGCAUGUCAACCAACGAAUCAUUUUUUUUGUGAUUUAUAAUAAAGUAGACUAUUAAAAAUAAUAUAUAUUAUUAAAAUAUUAAGACACCGAAGGUAUGUUAAUAAUAUUUUUCUUCAAAUUCAACUAAAGUCUUCCAAUAGACUGACCUUCAAACUGCUUUUAAAUAUAAUUAAUUAAUUAUUAAUAAUUAAUAAUUAACAAUUAACAAUAUGAUAAUUGUUAAAGUUAAAAGAAAUAAAUUCAUCCCUAACGAUAUUAA